AUGAACGGAGGGGAGUAUGGACGGUAUCGCUGUGUGCCUCCGCACCACAACGGAAGGGUGUCGUCAACACGCAGCCGGACCACUUCCUUCUCCAGUACCACCCCAACUGACAACCCGUACAUCCAGAGUUUUCAACAGAAGGCCACAGUUGAUGUUUGUCGGUCGCCUGCAGUUGUACGACGCAAAGGCUUGCGCACGGCGCCGACCGUAGAGCGACAGAAGGAACACAGAGAGAAGGAUUUGGAAAUUCACUCGCUGCGUACGAACAAUCAUCAUCAUCGUCAACAUCAGGGUACCGAGUUAUCGGGGGAAGGAGUAAUCACCACGCUUGCAAUGGAGCCAACUGUGGUGGCGGAACUGAAACGACUCUUGCGUGCGGAACGGGUGAUGCGGCUUGCGGCGGAGCGACGCACACUGGAGGAGGCGGAGCAAGGGGCUAGAGCUGCCAUCACCAUCGAGGCCAACUACGGUUCCAGGUUCCUUCACUCUAUUUUCCUUGAGAACAUCAUGUCCAUUUCAUCCACCCGUACCGAUAUGAUGCCAUGGGGCCGUACGGGAGGGUCGCAGUCACCAUUUUCAGCCUCUUCUUUGCAUGGCAAAGGUGCUUUAUCUGUGCCGAGCGCAUCUGCUACUGUUUCGGACGCCAAUACUUAUAGGCGACUUGUGGAGGAGAACCGUCAACUUCGGGAGGAAGUGAGCCGGUACAAGUCCAUCGACACGGAGGACAGGCGUGAAAUGAAUGAACUGCACCGAAAUAUGCAGGUGGUGAUUGAAAGGUUGACUCUUGAGCGAGACAUGUUGCACGCGGAGUUGACUGGAGGCAAGUCUUGGCACAGCGCCGCGAUAAGUGGAACCACUGAGCAUGGAAGGAUACCGCCGACGACCACGGUAGAUCGGUCGUUGUGGCACUACGCACACGUCGUUGAUCCCACUGCUGUCAACGGGGAAGAGCCCCCCGAAUAUGCCUCCCGCCUACGGGUGCUGCCGCUGUCAUGA